AUGCGCAUUCCCGCCGAUCUGCGCGCGCAGGCCCAGAAUUUCGAGCGUAUGGUGGAUGAUGCUGCUGCGGCUGGUCUCCAGAGCAUCUCUCACAUGAUUUCCAAACGCGAUGGAAAAUGCGAUCCCUCUACAGGGAAUUGCUAUACAAAUGACAGUGCGACCAUUCCCAUCGUACUGGGGACAGUCAUUCCUCUGUCCGCAGCAUUAAUUGUUCUUUUCAUUCUGCACAGACGCAACAAGAAAAAGCUUCGCAUUGAAGAUGCCAAUGACCCUCACAAGUCCCUCGAUUUCGGACUUGAUGGUGUGCCGAGCGCGUCUCGAGGCAAUAAGCGCAACCCAGAGAUGAGCAACAACGGCCUCGGCAGUAACGGACCUCCACGGAAGGCACUUGGACUGUCCAUGGACAUGAAUCUCAGCAGCCCAUAUUUGCUUCCCAGCGGCUUGCGUGGCUCACGGGAAUCCUUUCGCAGUAUUUCCCGAUCAAUUACCGAUGAGCAUGAUCCUUAUCGACCCGUCGCGAUGCUGCACAGUGACAGCGACUCAAUACGAUCAGGAAAAGCACCACGGAUCAAUGAACGUGCAGAGCAAGGUUCGCUUUAUUCCCUCUCAAUGGGAAAUCAAUCACACGAAAACUCAGGUCUCAUGGCAAAUGCGCGACCAAUGUCACAAUCGUAUGCCGCACGGGCAAGUCCUACCUCACCUUAUGAAGAAUUUGCAUCAAACGGUGCUCAUUCUCCUACGCCGCAUGCUACGGACAUGGCUCCUCCUCCUCCACGCAAGCAGAGUCUAGCAAUCUCCGGUAAUGACCACCUACAUUCAUACGAUGAACGCAAUCUUCCGGCGACACCCGAGCCCGCUGUGCUCGACGUUGCUCCUCCGCGCACUUCCUCAUAUGCCAUACCACCAAGGAAAGAUUCUGCCGGCUCCCCCAACAAUCGCCGCUCGAGCACGUAUUCAGCGAAAAGACAAUCGAGCAUAUAUGGAGACGGAGCGGAAACAGUGCCAGAUAUCCCCGUUGCGCCUAUACCUCAUCUAUCACUUGAUCUUCCACCGGGUAUGGUGUUUGCGACAGAAGAUGAUGAAUACGAAGACGAACACAACAUGAGCCCAACGCCACAGAUACAUGCACCCAAACCCAUGUCAACCCAGCGGGCUUCAGUUGUAGUCGACAAUACGCGGUUAUCGGUCUGGCAGGGCGGAAACAACAGGCUUUCUGUCGUCGGGCUACGACCGCUUCCUCCGGACAUUCCAGAUGACAAUCCAGAAGUGCGCGCGAAUAGAAUUCGUUCGUUCUACCGCGAGUACUUUGACGAGAGCAAACCGAACCCGACCAACGGGCAUUUCGAAGAAGAAUAUGACCCCGCCUUCCUAGACGCCUACGACACUUAUAUCCCAGGAAGCAAACCUUUCGCGCAAGGACCGGGUCGGAGAGCGUUCACGCCACCACCUCGAGGCCCUCCUCGUGGUAGCGGACAUUCCGACAACCGCCCACGGAAAUUUUCAACAUCGUCUGCCGGACCUCGAGGACGAAAGGGACCUCCGGCCAAGAAAAUGCCGCCUCCAAUGACUCUUACGAGCUUGCCCACUCCCUACCUUCUCAAGGAGGAUUCUGUAGUUUUCAAUCCGAUCGACUUUGCCCCUCCAAGCACUUUCCGCAAUCUGCAACACGGUUCUCGACCAGAUUCUCCAGCCGGAACACCGCGACCCUACUCACCUGCCGUCAGAGCGUUCACCCCGCUCGCAUCGUCUUUUGACACUCUCACAGUUAUGCCCUCACCGCAUGAACUUCGCAAGAGUUCGACCUUCACUGCCUUGGACUUUGCGCUACCGAGCCGCAUCCGCGACCCGAAUGCCAGCCUUAGCCCGAGCGACGCAGGUUCAAUUCGAAGCUAUCGCUCAGGUAUCUCGGCGAUGCAGUCUGAUGCCAUUCGCCAAGGCGCUUACCGUGUGAGCCGCAUCCCCAAGGAUAUGGUCACAACUCGGGAUGACUUUGCAUCACAAUUAAAACCACGCAUGAACCUGGUCGAGAAAGCAUAG